AUGAGUGAUAAUUGGUUCAGUAAAACCAAUGAAACGAUCAUUCCGGGCAAUCCGGAUCGUAUCAAAGCCAAAUGGGAUCCAUUACAGUAUCUAAAUUUGGCUCAAUACUUCAAAGUUUUCAAUGAAUAUCCACGCGAUUUCAAUCCCCGCGUUCAUGGUCCCUACUGUCCAUGGCGUUAUUAUGGAAAACGAGAUCUCCAUUUUGGCGAUGUCAAGCUAGCCGACGUGCCUGCAUGGAUUGCUCGACGAGAUAAAACACCAAUGGGCAUUUAUCAAGGUGGUAUUCGAACGUUCUGGAAAUUCUACCGUGCUUAUUUGGAUAACAAGAAGCCGAAUCUGAUUUGGUAUACGCAGAUCUUCGUCGUUGCCUCCUUGUUCAACUUCGUUUUCUUUGCUAUACCCGAUAGAAAACAAUACAAAUGGGCUAAAUAUCAUUGA